ACAAAGAGCGCUAAAGGCAUUAUCAACAGCCUGGAGAGCAGGACAGUGUUGAAAGUCAGGGUCAUGUACUAAACCUGCCACAGUGAGACAGACAUAUUGACCACAGUAUAGUUCAGGUUCACAUUUAUUACAGAAAGACUUUGCAGUGUUGUAGGACCACUCAGUCUGUACUGUGAUUCUCCUUCAUGAAGGAUCUCAUUAGUCAUGAGCGUCAUAUUGUCGUUUUUCAAGUAUUCAUAUUCAAACUGUGUGGAUGGAAACUGAGCCGUGAGUUUCAGGGAGAAAAAAAAAGAUGCAGUGACUAUCUUUUCUGAAAUUCUUCUCUCAUGUAACUAACUUCAAACAAAAUACAGCAGUCAGAUCAGUUCAGCAGUUGAUCAGUUCAGUUAAAAAAGCAUGAGAUAUGUUGAUAUUUUUCACCAUUUUUAAUUAAUCAAUGUUACAUCGGAUCUUUAUCUGGCCAAAGUUGUUUUUCCGCAAAUUUGAAGGAAAAACCUAAACCUGAGAACUGUGUGAGAUGUACUAUAAAAUGUUCGCUGAAUAGAAAUAAAAAAGAAUCCAGCAUGAAAACAUGAAUAGGCAGAAGCUCAUUCCAUGAAUGAGCGAGAUGGUUCCAUGCAUGCAGAGAGAAGCGAGACACACCCUUCCCCCCACUCGUGUAGAAAAAUGUGAAUGAGUAGUGGGAGCCGAGGAUGAAACGGCGUCCCCCUAUGCAUCCUCGCUCCAUGCAUCCCUGCGCUCCUCCUCUCCUGCUCCCUCCAGCAGACUGCAGCUCCACUCGCGUGUGAUUCCACGAUUGGACCGCCCACACAUAGUACACGUGCUCCUCAUACAAACACACACACACACACACACCGUCCUAUCGCUUACGUUGCGCUUGAUUCCCAUCACAUACAUGGGAUGCAUAUAAGAUUACACAUGUUCUCACAGCUGGAGUUUGGUGGGUGGUUUCCCCCCUGACCCCCCCCUCCUCUCCAAUCUCUGCAGAUCAGUCAAUGACCGCUCCGGCCAGCGCGAGAACAGAUAUUCAGUCUGGCUGCAAAGAGCAGCAGCUCUGUGAUAUUGAUGAAGCUAUUGGAUAUUUCUGACCAAGUCGGUUGAAUGAAGCCUUAAAAUGUCCAUUUUUCUCAGAAGCACGGACUUGUGCUGAUUCCCAGGUGGUUUUCAUCAACCUCAAACAGUCUGCUUUGAAAGUGCUUCUGCACGGACACACAGUUUGCCGUCUUUUUUUCAUCUUCAUCGCCACGAUGGUUGAUGUAACCACAUCUUUGUGGUGCACUGUGUACUGUUUUUAUUUUUGGAUCCAUGAAAGAACAAGCCCCCUCCCCAUCCAUUCAAAGGUUUUCCUUCAUAUCUUCUUCAAACUUGAUGCACAUGGUGUGUCUCACAACCUCAGCCGCUGAAGGCUCGGCCCUGCCCACUCGUGCCUGCGCCGGCCAAUCGCCGCGCUCUCUUUUUCCUUUCUUGCUGCAGCGGGAAGCCGGUUGGCUGCUAUUCUUAGGCAUUUUUGGAAGGAGGCGGAGAUUAGAGUACCUCGUUCUGCCUCUGUUUACACACAUAGUGAGCAGCCAGUAACUGAGUGAAUGAGGGAGAGUCUGGGGGAGCGAGGGAGUGUGGCGUGUCUGCCUUGCAUCCUCGCAUCCCACGGCAUUCCCGCCGCUGUGCUUCCAUCCCCCUCCUUUUUCUGUGGACCUGUCAGUGGUUUUUUAGCAUCUGUUCCGCACCGGCCGAUCAAAGCUUUCACAGCACUUACCAGUGGAUUGUCUGCUUGCAGUGGAUUUUGCUCAGGCAAGCAGUAUAGGAGCACAAAGUGUCCCUGCUGUCGGUCUGGCUGUCAAACUGGCAGCUUUCGAGGAGAACUAGAAAACCCGGCUCUGUCACCCUGUUUUAUUUGUGCUCCCAUGCCUGACUUUGCGCUGAAAUGCCAGAAGUGAAUAAUCUCAUCUCCGCGUCGUGGAUGUUCAUUCAGUUCAAGAGGAUGCUGAACCGAGAGCUGAGCCAGCUGUCAGAAACCAGCCGGUCAGGAAACCAGGUGUCUGAGUUCAUCUCCAGCACCUUCCUAGAGAAGCAGCAUGACAUGGACAUCAUGUCUCCACCUGCCAAGGAGAAAGACAAGAAGAAGCGGCCCAUGUCCCAGAUCAGUGGAGUCAAGAAGGCCACCCACAGCCCCAGUCUCGCCCCCUCCACCAUCCCUCGCUUCGGGGUCAACGCAAGCCAGGAAGGACUCCUCGCCAAGGAGCUCGAGGAUGUAAACCGAUGGGGAAUUGACAUCUUUAAAAUCUCAGAGUAUUCUGGGAAUCGCCCACUGACGGUCACCAUGUACACCAUCUUCCAGGAGCGUGACCUGCUCAAGUCCUUCAAGAUUCCCGUGGACACCUUCAUUACAUUCAUGAUGACUUUAGAGGAUCAUUACCACGCGGACGUGGCGUACCACAACAACAUCCACGCUGCAGACGUGGUCCAGUCCACACAUGUGCUCCUGUCCACCCCUGCUCUGGAGGCUGUGUUUACCGACCUGGAGAUCCUCGCUGCCCUGUUUGCCAGCGCCAUCCAUGAUGUAGAUCACCCCGGAGUUUCCAAUCAGUUUCUCAUCAACACCAACUCGGAGCUGGCCCUGAUGUACAACGACUCCUCGGUGCUGGAGAAUCACCACCUGGCUGUGGGUUUCAAGCUCCUGCAGGAGGACAACUGUGACAUCUUUGAGAACCUCAGCAAAAAACAGAGACAGUCACUGCGCAAGAUGGUCAUCGACAUGGUGCUGGCUACAGAUAUGUCUAAACAUAUGAAUCUGUUGGCGGACCUGAAGACCAUGGUGGAGACGAAAAAGGUCACCAGCCUCGGAGUCCUGCUCCUGGACAACUAUUCGGACCGCAUCCAGGUUCUCCAGAACAUGGUUCACUGUGCAGACCUCAGUAACCCCACCAAACCUCUCGAGUUGUACCGCAAAUGGACCGACCGCAUCAUGGUGGAGUUUUUCACGCAGGGGGACAGGGAACGGGACAAAGGCAUGGAGAUCAGCCCAAUGUGUGACAAGCACAAUGCUUCGAUAGAGAAGAACCAGGUGGGUUUCAUCGACUACAUAGUUCAUCCGCUGUGGGAGACGUGGGCCGACCUGGUGCAUCCCGACGCUCAGGAGAUCCUGGACACGCUGGAGGACAACAGGGAGUGGUACCAGAGCAUGAUCCCCCACAGCCCCUCGCCACACCCGGAGGGCCCGGAGGAGGAGGCCCUCACGGAGGAGGCGUCGGCGCUCGGGGGCGGGGUCGGCUCCUCUUCAGCAGACAAGUUCCAGUUCGAGCUGACCCUGGAGGAAGAGGGCGAGUCGGACACGGAGAGUCCGCCCGAAGACGAGGAGGGCUACGGCAGCGUCCGGGGGACCGAGCUCCGCAGAACUGAGUCCAGCGGGUUCAGCCCGGCGUCCAGGCGGCUCCCCAAAAGGCUGACGGGCGACUCGGGCAGGACGUUUUCUCUAGACUCGGAAAAAGAUAUGGCAGAAGACAGAGAAACAGACCAGGAGAGUGUGUCUGGGGUUCCACGCUUCAGACUCGGCACAUAGCACCUGUCAGAAGAGUUCCUCUUUUGGCCUUUUCGUUUGAUUCGUCUUCAUUUCUGUCCCUCUUCCUCUGCCACACUCCUGUUGUCCCCCUCCAAGCAAACACCGCCUCUUGUCUCCCUGUGGCGGGGGGGGGCAGGCGAGGCUUGGUGUGGGGUGAACAGGAGCGCAGGUGAGUGUGGAGGGUAUAAGGAAGGUCUGCAGUUUGAGGCAGCAGUCACUUGCACUGGAGAGAGACAGACGGACGGAUGGACGGAGUCGCUGUUCCAGGACGGACGGGAAACCAAGUUUCUGGCUGGUGUUUUGUAUUCUUUCAUUCAGACUUAAAGUGGAUGAAGUUCUACAGCGACAGCGAGACGGUCGAGGAGACUCCCUUUUCCACCAGCCUGCCUGUGGUCUCCGAUGGCCAGAGACAGAUCUGUCUUCCUCUUUUGAAGUAUUUUGUGAGGAACGUGAGGAAGUGACGAGUGAACACGACAGUCUUUUAAGACCUCUUGCCAAACUUUACAGGGACAUUGCUGUUUUGCCUGCCUUUUUUUUUUUAGUUCCUCUUUUGAUGUUUGUUUAUCCUUUCAUUCAGAUCCAUUCACACUAAAUGAAGGUGCAGUCCGCAGCACACUUGAAAGCAGUGUAAGCUAAGUGAUGGCUGAAAUGAAGCCAUCCACAUAUUUUAUGCAGGAAAGUUUAAAUGUAGCACAUUUUAUGAGUGACUCCAUCGCUGGUGUUCAUGGACGCUCCUUUCAGCCGGUGUUGCACAACUCCUCUUCUCCUCAAGACUCCGAUAAUAGCAACAGAGCAGGCACUUCACAUUAAUCUCGUGUUUCCAUUUUAACGCUCUUGGACCGAGAUAUUGUCUGCAGCAGAAUUGGUCAGUAUAGACGAUUGACGGUGUAGGAAUUAUAUGCAGUGCAAUGUGGAUGUGGCGCCACCUGGUGUCCACAAGUUUAACUGAAGACCUGGUACUGAAGAUACUGAGGCGAAAGAUCAGCAAGAAAAUGCAUUAACUGACAACAGAGCGUCACAAAAUGUCAGUUCUGUUGUGGUUUUGUUGCACACGUUUCCUUUUUACUCUCUUUUUUUUUUUUUUUUAAUUUUUGUGGUCACACUACUUUGCAUUGGCGAUGUCCGGCGCCUCGGUGAUCAGUUUGCCUUUGAGUUUAGCACUUUGUGGUUUUUGUUCACAGCUGGCCCUCGCCGUGGGUUCCUAAGGGCUUGAGCCAAAACAUGAACACAACGGAGGCUGUUGACUGACAAACAGCAGCUAGUGUAGACAUAAUGCAAAAACUAAACGUCAGAGCACAGCCACCGAUGCAUUAAACCAUCCUUCCAGAUCCAUUAUCUUCAACGCGCAGUGUGUUUCACCUGCUGACGUCCUCUUGCAUUAAAUACCAGAGCAUAUGGUUUGCAAGGGCUGGACGUUGGCGCCAUUGCGACUGUAAAAACCCAGGAGGUUACCAGGAGACAGAUCCGUGUGCCAGAAAUGUUCCUCUUUUUCCUCUCAUUGAUCAAUAUUUAGCUCUUCACAGGGACAAAAUCAAUGACAAAACAAGUGCCAAGCAAGCAUGACACAACCCGUACUGUAAUUUCCAUUUUGCCACUGGCUACUUUCCAUCAGUGACUGAUAAAGUUGGUUGAUUGUAGCACCCUGUGUGCCAAUCUGACCUCAAUGUCUCUGCUCUGUUUUUUUUUUUUUCUCCUGUUAACACAAUAACAGAAACUGAUAUUGUCUUAAAACAGUGGUGUGUGUGUGUGUGUGUAUGUAUGUGUGUUUUGUGUGGAUGAAUGAGCAGGUAGAUUUUUUUCUGAAGUGUUUUUUUAGGGAAGAAAGAAAAAAAAAGAAAAAAAACCAAAGCACUUUGUAAGGUACUUUUACAACAGUUCUGCACUUCCAGUUCAGUUGAAGACAUAAAACACGACUGUUUCGUAGCAGUUUAUCUUUUCUCGUCUGUUGACAGAGGGUCUGGUAUUCGAUGGAAUGGCGUGAGCUGGAACUUUACGGCUCUUUAAGCUAAAACAUUCGACUCUUCAGAGGGAUGAGACGUGUUUUUGUUGUUAUUCUUUUUUUAUACCUGACUGUACAAAAGAUGUGUUUUGUUGAAAUGCAUGACGUUGGCUGGAGGAUUCAAACGAUAGCAUAAGAACUACUUACAAACAUUUGCCUAUGGAGAAAGGUUUUAUUCUAUUGCCACAAACCUUCUAAAUUGUGUGUUAAUGUGCGAAUGAGUUGAAAGAUUUUUUUUUUUUGACGCCUUAUUUUUGAACUUGGGAAAUGUUUCCAGGUCACAGUUGUGUUCACUGACAUGCUGGAGUCAAAUAUGUGCAAUCCUUCCUGUAGCCAUAAACCGCAUCGAACAGACCAACACUCGAGGAUGCCUUCAACACUAAGGACUAUUUAACAUCUAAACCAGCUCAACAUGCAAGGUCUGUCUUUCUGCAUGUCACUUAUUGUUUGAUUUUGUACAUUUUCCUCACAGAACUUAUUUAUUAUUUCUAUGUUAUCUGUCAACAGCAACUGAGACAAACAGGUAGACUUUUUUUUUUUUCCGUCUGAGGUUUAGUGUGUAUGUGUAGGUUCACCUGUGACAAAGUCAAACGGGACAGAUUUCAGCUAUUACGCCGCUUUGUUUCCUUCUAUAUGUCUGAUUAUAACAUUUUACAUAAGCAAAAUACUGACUUUCGUUGUUUUCCAUGGUAUAAAAAUGAUUGACAGAUUUCUGCUUGGGUUUUCAGAAGCAUCUCUUUCUUCGCUCCUGUUUCCUCCUGUGCAGAUCACAUACUCUUCAAAGAUCUCACUGAUUGUGUGCUGUUCUGACUCUUUUUUUUUUUUUUCUAUUCAUAGCAAUGGUAAUAUAGUCACACAGCCUCAAAUGUCAUCCCGUACCAGUAUUUCUGUUGGUAGAGAUUUUAUGAAUAUGGGGGACGAACUGAGAUGCUGCAGCUUUGACAAUCCAAACUCUGCUGUUUAACUGUGGGUGUGUUAGCCCUCUCUCCAACUAGAACUGUAUGCCUUGCCAAUAAAGGAAAAGCUCCUCACUCUUUGA